ACAGGAACAGGAGCAGAAACAGGAGUUAAGCUUCAACAUGAAAAUCGCCAUUGCAUUGCUGGCCUGUAUCGGCCUGGUCACUGCGGCCAAUUUCCAUCAGACCCAUCAGGUCAAAGUCGCUGACAAGGGCUUCCUGGAGAUAGAGAAGUUCCUGCUCGAGAUUGUCUAUCGUGUGGAGGAUCCACUGAUGUUCGAGGAGUACAUUCAGUGUGGAAAGAGUUUCAAAUUUGAGCAGUCCAAAUAUUCGUACAAUGACGAGUACAUGACGAAGUUCUUCGAGGCCUUCAAGAUGAACGCAUUGCUGCCGAAGGGUGAAUUCUUUGGUCAAUUGGUGAAGUCGCAUGCGAAACAGGCUCGCGGUCUGUUCAACAUGUUCUACUAUGCCAAGGAUUUCGAGACCUUCAAGCAGAAUGUGUGCUGGGCAAGGAUGCAUGUGAAUGAGGGCAUGUUUGUCUAUGCUUUGACUCUGGCUGUGAUCCAUCGCUCGGACUUCCAAGGUCUGAUGCUGCCCUCGAUCUAUGAGAUCUUCCCGCAGUUCUUCUUCAACAGCAAGUUCGUUUUCGAGGCGGAGAAAUUCGACUUUGAGAUGUGGACCAAGAUGAACAUGUACGAGAAGGAAUAUCUGGAUGUCUACCACAAGGGACACGCCCAUGGCAAUCAGUAUCAAUAUGGCGACUAUAUGUACAUGAAGGACUGGAAAAUGUGGCAGUGGUGGAAACUCAUGGGUCUCGGAGAGCAUUGGUACAGCGAGAACAAGUUCAUCCUACGCGAGAACAUGUACGAAUUCAACCAGGACACCAAAUGGCAACAGAUCAUGAAGGAUCUGAAGGUCUGGUGGAUGCCAGUUGACUAUACACGUGAUCUGGACAUCUACAAUGCCGAAUCCAAGCUGUCCUACUUCACUGAGGAUUUGGGCUGGAACUCCUACUGGUACUACCUGAACAUGGACUACUCGUUCUUCCUGGACGGCAAGACUUUUGGACUGAAGAACGAUCGUCGUGGUGAACUCUGGAUCUACACUGUCCAUCAGCUGCUCUCGCGCUACUACAUGGAACGUUUGUCCCAUGGCUAUGGCAAGAUUCCCGAAUUCUCCUGGUACCAUCAGAUCGAGAUGGGCUACGAUCCUCAGAUGAUCUACUACAAUGGCAUUGGCUACAGCUACCGCAAGAACUACUACGAGCUGGAGAGCUAUGGCAACUACGAGAUGCUGGACAAGAUCACCGGAUUCAUGAAGCGCAUCCACAACAUUAUCGAUCUGGGCUACUACAAGACGGCCGAUGGACACAUGAUCGAUCUGCGCAAACCCGAAGCCGUUGAAUACAUUGGCAAUCUGCUGCAGGGCAAUGUGGACAGCAUGGACAAGAUGUUCUAUCAAUUCUGGUACAUGUUUGCCCAUAUGUACACCGCCGAUGUGGACUACCAUCAGAUGGAGGUCUAUCCCAACUGUAUGCUCAACUUUGAGACGCAGAUGCGUGAUCCCAUGUUCUACAUGUUCUACAAGUCGAUCGUUGAGGUCUACUUCAAGUUCCUCGAUCAUCUGCCCAUGUACACCAAGGAGCAGCUGAUGAUGCCCGGCGUGCAACUGAAACACGUGAAUGUCAGUGAUCUGGUCACCUACUUCGAUCUGGUUGACUUUGAUGUGACCAAUCUGAUGAACGACAAGAUGAUCUUCCACGAGGGUAAAUUCGUCUGGGAUAAGUCACUCUACGCCCGCCAGAUGCGUCUCAAUCACAAGCCCUUCAGCUACACCUACACCGUGGACUCUGACAAGCCGGAGAAGGUCGUUGUCCGUGCCUUCAUCGGUCCCAAGUUUGAUGAAUUCGGUCGUGUUAUUUCUUUAACCGAGAACCGCAUGAACUUCAUGGAAGUGGAUGAGUUCGUCUACGAACUGAAGGCUGGCAACAAUGUCUUUACCCGCAAAUCCAACGAUUUCUACUGGACCGUCAAGGAUCGCACCACAUACAGUGAACUCUACUACUAUGUGAUGAUGGCCUUCGAUGGCAAACACGAAUUCCCACUGGACAUCAGCGAGCCCCACUGUGGCUUCCCCGAUCGCCUGGUCCUGCCCAUGGGCUGGAAGAAGGGUAUGCCCAUGCAAAUGUUCUUCAUGAUCAUGCCAUACACUGCACCAGCAACCCAUGAGCAGUUCUCCACCUUUGACUAUACCUAUUCCUGCGGCAUUGGUUCCGGUUCUCGCUUCAUCGAUGAUCUGCCAUUCGGAUAUCCCUUCGAUCGCGAGAUCGAUGAGUAUCAAUUCUUCGUGCCCAACAUGUACUUCAAGGAUGUUGCCAUCUAUCACGAGGACACCAUGGAGCCCUACUACAAAUACAAGGGAUACACCAACUACGGACAGUUCGAUUACACCUUCUUCAAGGAUUACUACACCAAGCAGUCCAAAUUCUAAGAUGGAAUCAAUCAGAGACACUUGAUGACGAACAUACGAGUUAUUUGAAAUUGUUGUAUUUCAAAUAUAUAGUUUUAAGUUGAGCAAAAAGUGAAAUAAACUUUCGAAAAGCAUCAAA